AGAAUUGAUGAGAUUGAUUGGUUCAUAAUGCCUUACCACGAGCAAAGCAUGAGUCAUGAAUGGCGGCUACUAUUAUUGCUGUGAAUAAUACAAAACCUUCUUUCAUUUCCGUAUCGUUCACUGUGCACGAUGUGAUCUAUAAAUGCUCGGAAGAUCCAAAAACCACUGUAUCAGCGGGCGAUGUUAUGAUAAACGAAGGCAUAUCAACCGAUCGCCCUCCUACUCUGCAGUAACGGAGAGAACGUCUUCGUUACGUAGAUUCGUGUCGUAACUGGCUAUCGCGCAGCCGCUAUACCGUGUCAACCAGAAUGACCCAAGCGGAAGAAGUACUGGAGGUAAAGCAUCUCUACCACAGCAACGUACCGGACGAUCAACAUUCACCGCACGCAGCAAAAGAGCGGCAGCAGGAUCAACAACAACCACACCAUGAUGGUGCACCCAAUCCAAACCACAGCGAGCAGCAGCACCAUCGUCUCCAUCAGCAGCAGCAGGAAAUUGUACGAGAAGAAAACGAAAAGGACGCUUCCGAAAGUGAUGGUACCGUUGCCGGUGGAGAUAUGGUGAGCACCGUCGAUAGUGAGCCGUUCGAGUCGCGCGAAAAGACACCCCAGUGGCAUCCGCACGUGUACGCCAAUCCACCAAAGCAACCACCAACACCACACUCUAUCAUGGACAUUCUCGGGUGGAAGGGCUGCUCGUUGAAGGCGAAGCCUGCCGUCUCAGAACCGUGUAGUCGCGAGAGAGAGGACGAUAAGCUGAUCGCACGUCCGAAGGAUUCAUUUUUCUGGAAUCAACCGAUUGUGGAUGAUGAACAGCGAUCACAGCAGCAACCGAUGGACGAGGAGGACAACAUUACCGUCGAUCAAGACGAUGAAGAGGAAGAUGAGGAAGAGGACGUAGAGGACGUGGAGGAAGAGGAUACUGUUCGCCAUCGAACACCGAGCCCGGUCGACGAUGAACCGCUCAAUCUGUGCAUAUCAAAGGUGUCAUCACCUGCUUUCGGGUUGCUGUCGUCCAGCAAGGCGCCAUCCAUGGCGACAACAACAACAACGACAACGACGACGACGACGUCGACGACGGAACUACGGAGCAAGAUCACAUCCGAGGAAGAAUCUACCCAAGAAUCAACACAAUCGUCUUUCCGUCGAUCAGCAUCCCGCGGUCUGCCUCGGCAACUACAGCCAACGCCACCCAAGCGGCCAAGAAGUGUUCUACCACCGGCACCACAAUCGAGUGAUGCCGAUUCGGACGUCUGCAUGUCCAACGAUUCCUCCAUCGAUGGUCGCUUUGCCAAUGGGAGUGGUGAGGCUGGCAUUAGUGCAACGGGCGGUAGAGGUUCAGCCGUAACCACCGCGACAAUGGCUUCGCUAUUUUCCCUGCCAAAAGCCAUCGGCGAUGGAUCGGGGGUUGGUGGAGCGGAUGAUGUAGAACCGGCAUCGACGGGGAGCGGGGGGCAUCAUCGGCGUAAGAAGAAAGCCCGGACCACCUUCACCGGUCGCCAGAUAUUCGAGCUGGAGAAGCAAUUCGAGGUGAAGAAGUAUCUGUCCUCGAACGAACGCACUGAGAUGGCGAAGCUGCUGAAUGUGACGGAAACACAGGUUAAAAUAUGGUUUCAAAACCGUCGGACAAAGUGGAAAAAGCAGGAUAGCGGUAGUGGAACCGGCGGUACGGUUGAGGGUGGAGCCCCAUCGGCUGCGAUCACGACUGCACAAUCACAAUCACCAAAGGAUUCCUCCAGCAGUAACAGCAGUAGCGGUGGCGGUGGCGGUAGUGCAAAACAAACCGGAUCAGGGCGUAUUAGCACUAGUUCGAGCAUCACCACCAGCAGCACCUCGGGAUUGAUCUCUACUCGGGAGGAUGCGAAAUCGAAAUCUCCGGCAAGCUGGAUCGGGUCCGAACCACGGAUCGAGAGUGGUGUACCGGUGGAGGUGCUAGCACGAACGAAAAGCCGUUCGUACGGCAAAUCGGCUACACGAUCAUCCACCAAAAAUCAAGCCAACACCACCGCCGCCACUGCCUCCGCGAGAACGAGUGCCGCCCAGCAACAAAUGAUGCUGCUACCCGAGCAAACCCUCGAACCUUCGUCGAUUCACGGACUCAAGGCGCUGAUGAGCGAUCACAAUAAGCGGCACCGUCCUCCACACCACGCCAGCAGCAUUAGUAGCGGUGGUGUUGGUGUAGAGCUUCGUAACGGCCGUGAUAGUAGCGCAGACGAUGAGGAAGAUGCUAGUAAUGCUGCGCCUACCAGCAGACGGAAGAAAUCAAAUUCUGCUGCUGUGGAGUCUGCUCUCCUUCAGCUACCACCUCCACCACCUGCAUCAUCAGUAAUCAGUGCCGUACCAACACCACCAAUCGCCACGACAUCCUGUAUGGGGGGUGGACUGUAAGUGCUGUUGUUAUGUGUAGGGUUAACGUUUCGUCUGGAGACAUUUCAUUGUUGGUGCCAUCAUAGAGCGUAGGCAAAUCAUUGUCCUACACACUCACCAAACGCCAGAGCACGUGAGCUUAUUUUAGAAUGCGUUAAUUUGCUUUUCUAGCCUGUAAGUCUGUAAGAGAGAAAGGACAAGAUGAACUAACAAAUGAGUUAAUAAGAUAUAGGUAAUAGAAACAAGAAUCAAUACUGUGUGUCAGCGUGUGUGUGCGUGUGUGCGAACGACGACGUUGAGAAUAAAGGUCGAUUCUAGGA